AUGAUUCGUAAUUUUACGUUGGAUCCCUCAGCCAGACUUGGGAGCGAAGAGACGUUAGAACACGGAUUGCCCCGCGCAUACCUCUCACGAUGUAUUGACGCUGAAACCGCCCUCGCUCGGGCACAAGCAGCUUGUGGUGUCAUUCCCCAGGAGGCAGCGGACUCCAUAACCCAAAAGGCCGAUGUUUCAACCCUGGACUUAGACAAGCUACGUGAUGAGACCGAGAUUGUUGGGUAUCCUAUUCUUUCUUUGGUAAAGCAACUCUCUGGAACUAUUGGUGAACACGGGCGCUAUUUGCAUUGGGGAGCAACAACUCAAGAUAUCAUGGACACGGCCAAUAUGUUGCAGAUGAAAAAGGGUCUUGAAGUUGUUAGAGAGAAGCUCAUCAACGUUAUUUCUGCGCUUGAAAAGCUCUCAAGCGAACAUAAGGCCACCCCAAUGGCCGGUCGCACUCAUUUACAACAUGCUCUACCCGUUACAUUUGGUUAUAAGUGUGCCGUCUGGCUAUCUAGCUUCUAUCGCCACAUGGAGAGGUUGGAGCAGCUCGAGUCUCGGUGUCUCUUGGUCCAGUACGGCGGUGCAGCAGGCACUCUGGCGUCUCUUGGCGCUGGCGAGGAAGGCGUUAAAGUUCGCAAAGCCAUGGCAUUGGAGACCGGAUUACAGGAUCCUCCCAUCACAUGGCAUGUGGCUCGAGACGGUGUAGCGGAAAUUGCCAAUUUUCUUGCGCUUGUCGGAGGCUCUCUCGGCAAAGUCGCCCUUGACCUCAUGAUUAUGUGUUCCAACGAGGUGGGUGAAGUGGCAGAGCCUUUUGUUCCCCACCGCGGCGCAUCAUCCACAAUGCCACAGAAGCGCAAUCCCAUCUCUAGUGAAAUAAUGCUUGCUGCCUCCAAGUCGCUUCGAUCCAAUGCGAGUCUUGUAUUGGAUGCUAUGGUGACGGACUUUGAGCGUGCAUCAGGUCCUUGGCACCUAGAGUGGAUUGCCAUUCCCGAAAUGUUUGUCAUGGCUGUUGGCUCUCUUCAUCAGGCAGAAUUUGUGCUUUCUGGGUUGGUUGUGGAGCGCCAGCGAAUGGUAGACAACCUAUACUCCACGGGCGGCUUGAUCGUUGGUGAGGCAGUCAUGAUGGGUUUGGCUCCAUUUAUAGGACGGCAAAAGGCGCAUGAUGUUGUGUAUGAUGGCUGUCGUCGGGCCAUUGAAGAAAAGCUUACUCUGCUUGAGGUUUUGCUUGACAUGCCGGAAGUGACAGAGAAAAUCCCGAGAAAGCGACUUGAGGAGCUUUGUGAUCCUGCCAACUACCUUGGGUCAUCUCUAAGGAUGGUAGAAGACACGCUAGCUUCUUCCGGUUCUUUCCAGAGGUCCUAG